AUGGCCGAAGUCCCAGAAGAUUAUGAUUCUGACCAAUAUGAAACUCAAGAGACUAAAAGAACUAAAUCUCCAAGAUCUCGUAAAUUGCAUACUUUCAAAUCAGACACCGUGGUAGAGGUAACCCCUGAGAUGCUCCCAGAGAUCGACCGAGAGCCAAAGAAAUUUAAGACUGAGGAAGAUGACUUUGAAGAGGGGAAGCCAGGGAAUGCAGAAAACGUACUGCAAGAGUCAGCCAGGACGCCCGAAGAAGAAAUUCCCAAGGAGACCAACAUGGACCUACCUAGCCAAACUGAAGCAGAGAUAACGCAAGUGUUGAAGUUAGAGACAUCAUGGGAAGCAGGAAGAGAGGACUUGGAGGUACCAGUGGAUGAGAAACAUGAGGAGCCAGACCUACAACCACCAUACGUUUCAGUAGAUUUACUAUUCACAGAACCACCUGCAGAAACAGAUCCAGAGCAAAACACAGUAGAUUUUCCAAGUGAAAAACCAAGAAAAUCGGUUGAAGAGGAAGAUCUACCUCCAUUAAAGAUGACCAAGUCCGAAAUUACAAAGACACAAGAAGAGUCAGCUGAAGAGAAAAGUACAGAGCCAUCUGAGGUGACUAAGCCAGAGUUUCCAGGCCAGACAAUAAGAAAAUCUACCGAGGAAGUAGAUAUUAAGCCUCCAGAAGAGAUUCAAAUAAAGUCCAUAGAGCAGAUAGGCACCGAGCAGCAGCCUGAGCAGAUUAAGCCAAAAUUCCCAGGCCAGAAACCAAAACAGUCAAUUGAAGAGAAAGUUCCAGCGCCACUGGAAAAAAUCAAGAGGGAGUUUUCUGGGGAAGAAUCGAGAAAACCAAUUGAUGAAGCAAGUCUAGAGCUCUCAGAAAGGGCGACCUCAGAAGUUUCAAAGGAAACACAAAGUUCUUUUGAGGAAAAGAUUCCAGAGACACUGGAAGUGGCUGCUCUGGGACUCCCAGAAGAGAUAGAACCUGAUGUCCAGGGGGAGACACAGAAAAAGUCAGUUGAGGAGAAAGUUCCAGAGACAUCAGAGGAUAGGAAACCAGCAGGUCAAAAAGAAAAGCGGAGAAAAUCAAGUGAGAAGUCAGAAUCAAAGGGAACAUUAAUAGAGUCAAGUAAGAAGAAGACUCCACCGCUACAAGAACAGAUGGAUGCAAAUUUGCCAAAGAAGAAACAUCAAAAACCAGCUGAGGAAACAGGGCGAGGGCCACCACACAUGACCAAACCAGAAGUGCAAGAGAAGUCACAGCCAGCACCAACCAAGGAGCUAGAGUUAUCCAAUGAACCCAAACCAGGAAAGUCAGCUACAGAACUCCCCAAGGACCACAGGCCAGGACCAAGCAAACUUAAGUAUCCCGUAGGCAAGGAUGAGCUAGUAUUUCCCGAAUAUCACAAAAAGACGGCAGAAAAAGAAACUAACAAGGCUAAAACUGAAAAUGAGUUUAUGGUAAGCUCUCCCAGAGAAAGUGUUGAAUCAGGCGGUACAGAUAAUGAACCUCACGAACUCCUCAAAGUGCUUCAGACGGAAAUCAACGAAGUACAUCCAACCGAUCCUGCUUCGGAGUCUUGCAUAGAAUUGAGAGAUUCAAUUACUGAAAAGAAAGUUGUAGUUUUACCCCAGGGGUCAGAGAAUGAAACCAAGAUCAACAAAAGUGUGAGCCCGCCAUUUGAACACCUUAAGUGGACCGCAGAGAAUGUGGCACAGUGGGUUGGCGAGCUAGGCUUCCCUCAAUACAAGGAGUGUUUUACCGCAAACUUCAUCAAUGGUCCCAAACUCAUCUACGUGAACUGCUGCAACCUGCCUCAGAUGGGGAUAACUGAUUUUGAAGACAUGAAGACGAUAUCUCGUCAUAUUCGAGAGCUUCUGGGCAUCGAAGAGCCGCCGUUCAGCCGCAGCAUCAGCCUUCCCUACAGGGACAACAUUGGCUUGUUCUUAGAGCAGAAAGGUCACAGUGGAGUCAACUCCGACUCCCUGACCUUGUCUGAAUUUGUUAAAGCGGCGGGGUUGCAGGAGUAUGAGCCGGAGUUGGACACCGUGGACAAGCAUGAGUCCUCACUGCCAGACAACAGCAGCCAGGAAGAAAACAAGGAAGCAUUACUGCAAACACCAGCUGUGGAAAAGAUGCAAGUAAACGGACAAAUGGCAGAAGAGCCUGAGAAACAGCUUCACCGCAGCCUCACUCCCUCGGAGACUGAGUCCUUUCCAAACCAGGUGGAAAAGAUCAGGGAUGUGCAAACAUUCAAAUCAGCAGAGCCAGGUUUAGAACAGGCCGGGGUAAAGCACAGAAGGCUGAAUCGUGCAGUCCGACAGAAAGGCCGCUGA